UCGAGAAGCUCUCCCAAAAAAAUAUUUGAUAGUUCUGUGACUCAAAUCCCACUUUCACUUUCGCCUGAUCUUUCCACCACUACUCGAGACAAUUGAACCUCCUUCCUUCUCAACUUCUCUCAAUCCACAUUGUAAAAGGCCUUACUCGUUCACUCCUGAGGAGCAGUCUCAAAAUGGCCUCGGCAUCACGCACCUUCACUCGCGCCGCGUUCAAGUCAACUCCCACUUCCACUUUCAAGACCUCAGCCCGGAACACUGCGUUCACCCUUCCCCGUCAAACAUUUCGUCAACAAUUUCGCCGUGGGUAUGCUUCUGAGCCAAGCAAGUCCUCAUCUUCUGGGCUGUACAUCGGUAUUGGAGUUCUAGCGAUCGCUGGUGGAGCUGGCUAUUAUUUGUACACGCAAGGCAAUGGCUCACUGCUUUCUGGCUCUGCGGGCGAGACCAAGGGCAUAUUCACCCCAAAGUUCGAGGAUUACCAGAAGAUAUACAACGAGAUUGCAGAGAGACUGGAGGAAAAGGACGACUAUGAUGAUGGAUCGUAUGGACCUGUUCUGCUGCGAUUAGCCUGGCAUGCAAGUGGAACUUACGAUAAGGAAACUGGAACUGGAGGCAGUAAUGGCGCGACCAUGCGAUUCAACCCGGAGGGUGGCCACGGCGCAAAUGCUGGACUCCAGGCUGCCCGAGACUUCUUGGAGCCGGUGAAGGAAAAAUACCCGUGGAUUACCUACUCCGACCUUUGGAUCCUCGCUGGCGUCGUUGCAAUCCAAGAGAUGCAAGGCCCGACCAUCCCAUAUAGGCCGGGCCGUAUGGACAAGGACAUUGCUGCUUGCACACCUGACGGACGUCUGCCCGACGCUUCUCAAGGAAACAAGCACUUGCGAGACAUUUUCUACCGCAUGGGUUUCAACGACCAGGAGAUUGUCGCAUUGAGUGGUGCACACGCCCUUGGCAGAUGUCACGCCACUCGAAGCGGAUUCGACGGACCAUGGACAUUCAGCCCAACUGUUGUCACGAACGAAUACUACAAACUCCUUCUGAACGAGAAGUGGAACUGGAAGAAGUGGAAUGGUCCCAAGCAGUACGAAGACAAGACCUCGAAGUCGCUCAUGAUGCUGCCGACAGACAUGGCUUUAGUAUCUGACAAGGCCUUCAAGCAAUACGUAGACAAAUACGCAAAGGAUGAGGCGCUUUUCUUUAAGGAUUUCUCUGCCGUCGUCAUCAAGCUUUUCGAACUGGGUGUGCCGUUUGCGGAGACCACCGAGCAAGGCCCAAUGGUUUUCAAGCCCACCACAGCUUAGAUCCUGAGCCCAUAGAAGAUGAUCGUACACGAGUUUUCCGAUUAGAUAGAAAAAGAGGUUUAGAACGAUUGAAGUAAGCGUCGUUUAGGAGUUAUCGAGAUACGAGGAGAUGCAACAUAGACUAGACCUAGAUUUGCCUACUUGUUGGGGUGCGUUGGACUUUCGGGUCCCAUUUCUUCGAAGUGCGUCGUUGACCACACCGGCAUGACUCUAUUCCCCUUUCCUCAACAUGUAUGAUUAGCAUAGCCACCAUAGAACGCAGUAUAAACAGUUUUCGAAUGGAAGUAAGACU